UGGCCUUUCAUUAGAAAGUAAAAUAGUUAGCUGUAAGUUAGUUUAGAUUAUUUAAAAAAAUAAAUAAAAAUUCUGAACGUUUAUAAUUAAUGAAAGUGAUUCAUAAAAAAACAUUACAAGGAGAAAAUGUCGCUCAAUCCAAACGGGUAUAAACUUUCCGAUAAAACGGGCAAAUUAACAGCUUAUGACCUUUUGCCAACCACAACUACGGCUGUUCCAGAAACACGCGAAUUUUUGCUAAAAGUCAUUGAUGUUUUGCUGGACUUUGUUAAAACCACAAAUGAUCGCAAUGAAAAGGUUUUGGAAUUCCAUCAUCCUGAAGAUAUGAAACGUCUCUUAGACCUGGAUAUACCCGAACGUGCUGUGAAUCUGCAGCAGUUGAUUGAAGACUGUGCUACCACUUUGAAAUAUCAAGUGAAGACGGGUCAUCCUCGUUUCUUUAAUCAAUUGUCUUGCGGUUUGGACAUUGUCUCCAUGGCGGGUGAAUGGUUAACAGCCACUGCCAACACCAACAUGUUCACUUAUGAAAUUGCUCCGGUUUUCAUUUUAAUGGAAAAUGUAGUCUUGUCGAAAAUGCGUGAAAUUAUUGGCUGGCAAGGUGGUGAUUCCAUAUUGGCUCCCGGCGGUUCCAUAUCCAAUCUAUACGCUUUCUUAGCUGCUCGCCACAAAAUGUUUCCCAAUUACAAGGAACAUGGUGCUGCUGGCCUACCCGGUCAAUUGGUCAUGUUUACUUCGGAUCAAUGCCAUUAUUCGAUUAAAUCGUGCGCUGCUGUAUGUGGUCUUGGCACAGAUAAUUGCGUGUCGGUGCCUUCAGAUGAACAGGGUCGCAUGAUUACAUCCGAAUUGGAACGUCUUAUAAUGCAACGAAAAUCAAAGGGUCACGUGCCAUUCUUCGUUAAUGCUACAGCUGGUACAACUGUAUUGGGUGCUUUUGACAACUUGAAUGAAAUUGCUGACAUUUGCCAGAAAUACAAUUGUUGGAUGCAUGUUGAUGCUGCUUGGGGCGGCGGACUCUUGAUGUCACGAAAAUAUCGUCAUCCUAGAUUUACUGGAGUUGAGCGAGCUGAUUCGGUUACCUGGAAUCCACACAAAUUGAUGGGAGCUCUAUUGCAAUGCUCAACCAUACAUUUUAAAGAGGAUGGCCUCCUUAUCAGCUGCAAUCAAAUGUCUGCUGAAUAUCUCUUUAUGACUGACAAACAAUACGAUAUUAGCUAUGACACAGGCGAUAAAGUCAUCCAGUGUGGACGACACAAUGACAUCUUCAAAUUGUGGCUGCAGUGGCGUUCAAAGGGCACCGAAGGUUUUGAACGACAACAAGAUCGUUUAAUGGAAUUGACCGAAUAUCAAGUGAAACGCAUACGAGAGCAAUCAGAUCGUUUCCAUUUAAUACUUGAACCUGAAUGUGUGAAUGUUUCGUUCUGGUAUGUGCCAAAGAGAUUGCGCGGAGUGCCACAUGAUGCUAAAAAGGAACAGGAAUUGGGCAAGAUUUGUCCCAUUAUUAAGGGACGCAUGAUGCAAAAGGGCAGCCUUAUGGUAGGCUAUCAACCUGACGAUCGACGACCCAAUUUCUUCCGUUCAAUUAUUUCGUCAGCUGCUGUAACAGAAAUCGAUGUUGAUUUUAUGUUAGAUGAAAUACAUCGAUUGGGUGAUGAUUUGUAAAUUGGUAUUAUUUAAUUCAACAAUUAAUCAAUUAUUAGAUUCCAUAAAGCGCAAACAAAAUAACAAUGAUGAUGAUGAUAAUGAUAAUAUUUUAAUUUUAAGCCAAAAGUUUCAAUCAAAACCAAAGCAAAAGAAGUUUAGUUGAAUUAUAAUAUAAAACAAAAACAAUUUAGAAAAUACUAAAAAUACCAAGAUAUAUCUGUAAGGUAAAAGCAUAUCACCAUACUCAUACUUACAUACAUAAUCACAUCAAUACUAAUUUCUAGUCAAUGUUUACACUUAUUAUUACAAAAGUAAUUAGCUAUUAUAAUUUCUUUAAAGAAAUAAUUGUUAAUUGUUUAUUAAUAUUUAUGUUUUAAGGUUAACUUAAAUGAUUUUGUUAAGAAAUUCGACCAUGGUGUCAAUUAUUUUUAUGUGGAAUUAUCAUUAUCUAAAUAACAAACUAACUAACUGUUAAACUAACCACCAUUAUUAUUAUUAUUAUUAUAUAUGAAAACAUAUCCAAACAUUAAUAACCAAAAAAAGGCAGAUUCAUAAAUAUUUAACUCAAUUACUACAACGAUAUGAAAUAAUAAUUAAAGAAAGGCCUAUUUAAGAUAACUUAUGAUUUAUUAUAACCUUCACCAUAACUGACAACUGAUAUACAUAUAUUCUGGAUCGUUAUAUAUAUCGGAUUCGAUAUAGCCAUGUCUGCCUGUAUGUUGACAUCAACUAUCCGUGAUGAUUCAUUCAUCAAUAUAUCGGUUAUAUAUUCAGUUGCUAUUUAAAAUCAAGAAAAUCGGCCAACAAACGGAUGAGAUAUAAGCAAAAAAAUUGAUGUUUUUACCUAUUUUUGAUCUAUGUAUUUCUAGACAAUAUGAAUAUCUGAUUUCAAAGUGUAAUCCAUAGUAAUUCGGACCUACAAUGGGUCAAAAUCGUGAAAAAUAUUUUUGAACCCGAAAAAUUUUUUUUAACAUAAAAUAUUUUUUCAAACAUUUUUUUCACCAAAAAAUAUUUCUAAUCUUUAUCUUAAAGUAUACCUUGGUGAAGGGUAUAUAAGAUUCGUCACAGCCGAAUAUAGCUCCCCUACUUGCUUUUCAAUUAGUUCGAAAUUCAGUUUUCGUAAUAGUUUUAUGUUAUUGAAUAGACAUAUAAUUUCAUUUUAAAAUUUAUUUUCUAUAUUUUUAUCCAAAAUUUAGAAAUUUUCUAUUAAUUUAACCACAUUGGAAUGUUAAAGAUUUGCUUAAGUAUCAUUUUGUUAAUUUGUUGGUGGCAAUCAUUUUAUAUUUAAAUAACUCCGAAGUUUUGCAAUAUGUUGUUGCUUUUUCUAAACCAUAUUAAUAUACUACCAUAUAAUUUCUAAAACAAAUUUGCUGAACCGCCGAUCUUUACUAUAUUUAUAUGAUUUAAAUUUAAAUUUUUUAUAAUAUAUAAAUUGUAUAAUUUCGUAAAAUUAGUUUUCAGUGUAAAUAAAACUAAGUUGAAUAUUAUUGUCAAUAUUUAAACCGAUAUAAUAUUAUAAUUAUGUACCUUUGCAAAGAGACCUGUGCUUGUUGAUCAGCUAACAUUCCUAAAAGUAUUUUAUAUAUUAUUUUGAACAAACGUAAGCAUAUAUUUAUUAUAAGUUUUAUUUAAUUUGUUUCUUUAAUUUAUAAAAUAAAAUUCUAUAUGUAUGAACUAUAUUUAAAGAAAAAUGUACCAUAUAGAUUAUGAAACUAAAAAAUACUUAAAAAAAAGAAGCAAAACACACUUACAAGUGUCAAUUAACAGAAUAGAGAAAAUAUUAUAUCAAAAAUAUAUGAAUUAUAAUAUAUAAAUAUCUACUUAACAAAAAAAAAUAACGCUGCCAAUUAAUC